UUCAGCUCACAGCACUGACUGACAGCACGUUACACAGGAAGUUGUCUGUGCUGUGUCAUGUGCACACGUUGUGUUUUCAUAGAGACAUGCCCUUGAAUACCUCGUCAGACCUGUUUUUGUGACUAGUGUCAUUAUCUCAUUUAUCCUCCUGCUUUCAAAAUAUUUUGGGGUCACAGUAACAGCAGCGCCAUGGGGUUCCUACUGUCUAAAUCCAUGGAUGCAAACUUUAAAAAGCAGCAAGAAUUCAUGCUCCACAAUGCACGACUGCAGAUGGAGCGUCAGAUCCUGAUGCAGAACCAGAUGAGAGAGCGGCAGAUGGCUAUGCAGGUGGCCUGGUCCAGAGAAAUGGUGAAAUACUUUGGGACUUUCUACACAGUGACUGCAGUUGGACUCACUUUAGGUGCCCUUAAAAGAAAGAAACCAAUCCUUUUGGGUCCCAUCGUCCCUCUCAGCUUUAUAUUGGCCUACCAGAUGGACAGCGCCUACGGGACCUUUAUUCAUCGCAUAAGAGGGGAGGCAGAGAGUAUUAUGGCGUCUGAACACGACCGUCUGGACCUUCCUCACGGGACUCCAACGUUCGAUAGCAUAGAGAAAGCUCGCCGCGCUAGAAGCAGCCUCUCCUCCUUCUUGGAGAAAUGACGUGUCGGUUGUUUGAGACAAAAUCAUAACCGUCCAGAUGAUUCAUUCACCCUUUCUGCUUUUGCUUAAAAAAACCCCGUCAACUGCCUUUUUGACAUUAUUGAGUCAAUGGUUUGCACUAUUUCUUUAUCAUGGACCUUGAGUCAAAUAAGUGUCAUUAUUAAUGAAUAUAAAAAUUAUGAUUUUGUGGUUAUUGUCAUUAGAGGUGCAUAAGUGGCCAAACGCAUAUACUUAGGCCAAACAAAAUACAUAAGUUAGUAAUAUACUGCCAUCACUGUAGUAUAUCAUUGAUAAGUCUGUCACAUUAAUAACUGCAUUAGUUAAGUUGAACCAUCUUAACAUAAAUCACUCAAGAUUAUUGUAAAUUGACGGGAAAAUCAAAGCUGUGUCCCAAAACCAGACAAUAUACUGAUUCUAUAGUACUACAUACUAAUCUACAAGUAAUUUUACCUGUUAGUAUACAACGAUAUCAACUUACUUCACCAUUUUAUAAGACGGAAUGGUAAAACAUGUGUGAUAUUUGAUGUCAAUCAAGCCACAACUUUGGAAGGUAGCUGCCACUUAAACUUCAGAUGUUAAGUAUAAAGGCCUUUACGCACCGGGGCGCGAUGAAUAAACGACACAAAAAUGCUAAAUACUUAACUUUUUUUCUUAAACACUUUUUCACAGCGUAAUACCUGCAUUCUGUGUGAAAGUACCAACCAUUCAGAAAAAUGUAUUGGCUUGUGAAUUAAUCGGUGUAAAAAUACGUAACUGGUGUGUAAAUGCUUUUUAUUAUUGAGGGAUUUAAUACUUAUUUUUGUUUUCCUUGAUUUAAGCUGUUCUAUCCACAACUACAAUUUAUUUAACCCAGCCGGCGCAGCUCUGUUUGCUUCAACUACGCACUCAACAAUCAAACCUAUUUAGGGUUUUUUCUUUCGAACACAACACAUACUAAAAAGCAGCUUAGCCACACUAUGUAAUAUGGAAUUGUGACUCUGAGUCCCAUCAUCUCAACAGAUUGUGUUUGCUUGUUAAUCUUGUUAGUUAAAGCUGCAUUAAGCGGUUUUGACCACUUGAGGGCAGAAAGACUUUAAAACGCUGUCACGGCAACAUAACCUCUACAAAGUCUGAGGUUAUUAAGUCCAUAUGGCUGAUGUUUUAGUAAACAUUUGCCUAUUUACACAUCAGGCCGACACAAAAUCUUUUUGUGUAUAUUUGCUUGCCACCUGACACGGAGAAAUGCAAUAUUCAUAUGUUUUUUAGCUCUUGUACGGGCUCACAAUAUCUGUGUUUUUACCUGCUAAAUGCUUAACUUUUGGGUUUUACAUUAGAAAGCUGAUGUUUCCUGCCAGGAAGGUAACUGGUACACUCAUUGUCAAAGCAAUAAUCGAAGCAGCUACAGAGUGAUCAAAGUGUUAAUAUUAAAGGUAUUCAAUACUGCAGAAAAAUUUGUCAUGACAGCGAAAGAUUGUUAUUAUUCCAAACUGUAUCACUAAAACUUUUGGUCAUUGUUUCUGAAAAGGUUUAUUUUCCAAGCUUGAAUAUGAGUGCUUAGGAGCUUUAUAGCAAAGCUGAAGCAUUGGUGCACCUUUUUAUUAUCCAAAUUGUAUUCAGCUGAUGUAAAAUAUUACACGGUGCUGAUAUUUAUGCGUUGUUUAUUUAUCAUCAUUUGAGCCCAUGUUUGACAUCAUGGAAACUAUAUUUGAAAAUCCAAUAAAAAAUUAAUAUUGCCAAAACUUUCUC